CCAACGGCCACGCCCACGCAUCCACCAAUAACCAUCCCUACCACCUCACCAACGUCCACGCCCACGCCUUCACCGGCAACCACCUCUACCACCUCACCAACAUCCACGCCCAUGCCUUCACCAGUGACCACCUCUACCACCUCACCAACCGACCACCUCUACCACCUCACCAACGUCCACGCCCACGCCUUCACCAGCGACCAUCUCUACCACCUCACCAACGGCCACGCCCACGCAUCCACCAAUAACCACCCCUACAACCUCACCAACGUCCACGCCCAUGCCUUCACCAGCGACCACCUCUACCACCUCACCAACGACCACCCCCACGCACCCACCAAUAACCACCUCUACAACGUCACCAACGUCCACAUCCACGCCUUCACUAGCGACCACGUCUACCACCUCACCAAUGGCCACGCCCACGCGUCCACCAAUAACCACCCCUACAACCUCACCAACGUCCACGCCCAUGCCUUCACCAGCGACCACCUCUCCCACCUCACCAACGACCACCCCCACGCACCCACCAAUAACCACCUCUACAACGUCACCAACGUCCACGUCCACGCCUUCACUAGCGACCACGUCUACCACCUCACCAACGGCCACGCCCACGCGUCCACCAAUAACCACCCCUACAACCUCCCCAACGUCCACGCCCAUGCCUUCACCAUCGACCACGUCUACCACCUCACCAACGACCACCCCCACGCACCCACCAAUAACCACCUCUACAACCUCACCAACGUCCACGCCCACGCCUUCACCAGCGACCAGCUCUACCACCUCUCCAACGGCAACGCCCACUCCUCCACCAAUGACCACGUCUGUCACCUCACCAACGGCCACCUCUACCACCUCAGCAACAGUCACGCCUAUUCCUACACCAACACCCACUAUCGUCCCCACAGGUCGGAUCUCCACAGCGCCUCCAGCCACCUCUUGCUGGCAGUAGAGUUUGCCAGCAAGCUGUGUACUGCCUGGAGCACCAGCUCCCCCAUGGGUCUCCUUGUCACACUUGCCAUGUACUGCACGACCACCUCUUCCAAGACUCCCCCAAGCAGUGGGACCACACCUACCAUGCCCGAGACCACCAGCACCUCGGCCUCCAGGGUGCCCACCCCCACGCUGAGCCCGCUUGUCUCUCCCAGCAUCAGCAUGAGCACAGGCCAGCGGCUCACCACCGUUAGUUUAGUCAUAUGCUGCGUCCUGAAUGACACAUACUACGGCCCAGGUGAGCUGGUGUACAACGGAACAUUUGGAGACACCUGCUAUUACGUGAACUGCUCAGUGAACUGCACCUUCGAGUUCCACAACUCAUCCUGCCCAUCAACACCCUCCCCAACACCCAGCGCACCAACGCCCAGCUCGCCCUCCACACCGACACACAUCUCUCCAGCCACCACCAAGCCCCCUGCAUGCCCAGACUUUGAUCCUCCCAGACAGGAGAACGAGACCUGGUCGCUGUGUGACUGCAUCAUCGCCACUUGCAAGCACAACAACACCGUGGAGAUCGAGGAGGUGAAGUGCGAGCCCCCGCCCAUGCCCACCUGCUCCAACGACCUCAAGCCAGUGCAAGUCAUGGACCCGGAUGGCUGCUGCUGGCACUGGGAGUGUGACUGCUACUGCACUGGCUGGGGGGACCCACACUUCGUCACCUUCGAUGGGCUCUACUACAGCUACCAGGGUAACUGCACCUAUGUGCUGGUGGAGGAGGUCACCCCCACCGUGGACAACUUUGGAGUCUAUAUUGACAACUACCACUGUGAUGUCAACGACAAAGUGUCCUGUCCCCGCACAAUCAUCGUGCGCCAUGAGACCCAGGAGGUGCUGAUCAAGACCAUGCACAUGACGCCCAUGGAGGUACAGGUGCAGGUCAACAGCCAGACGGUGGCACUGCCCUACGAGAAGUAUGGGCUGCAGGUGUACGAAUCGGGCAUCAACUACGUGGUGGACAUCCCCGAGCUGGGCGCCCUCAUCUCCUACAAUGGCCUGUCCUUCUCCAUCAGGCUGCCCUACCACCUGUUUGGCAACAACACCAAGGGCCAGUGUGGCACCUGCACCAACACCACUGUGGACGACUGCAUGCUGCCCAGUGGGGAGGUCAUCUCCAACUGCGAGGUCGCAGCUGACCAGUGGGUGGUGAACGACCCCUCCAAGCCACACUGUACAUACAACAGUUUCACAACCCAGCGCCCUGUCCCCACGAAGCCAGGGAGCAACAAGACCUGCACCGAGUCUCUUCUCUGCCAGCUCAUCAAGGACAGCCUGUUCGCCCAGUGCCAUGCCCUCGUGCCCCCCCAGCGCUACUACGAUGCCUGCGUGUUCGACAGCUGCUUCGUGCCCGACUCGGGCAUGGAGUGUGCCAGUCUGCAGACCUACGCGGCCCUGUGUGCACAGCAGGGCAUCUGCAUCGACUGGAGGAAACACACCCAGGGGACCUGCUCUGUGACGUGCCCGUCUCACAGGGAGUACAAGGCCUGUGGCCCUGCACAGGAAUCCACCUGCAAGUCCACUUCCUCUCAGCAGAAUAGCACGGGCCUGGUGGAGGGCUGCUUCUGUCCUGAGGGCACCAUGAACUACGCCCCCGGCUUCGAUGUGUGCGUGAAGACCUGCGGCUGCGUGGGACCCGACAAUGUGCCCAGAGAGUUCGGGGAGAGCUUUGAGUUCGACUGCAAGGACUGCACCUGCCUGGAGGGUGGAAGCGGCAUCGUCUGCCAGACCAAGAAUUGUGACCAGAAGUCCCUCACCCAGUGCGAGGAGGAUGGCACCUACCUCGCCACGGAGGUCAAUCCGGCCAAUCCCUGCUGCAACAUCACCUUGUGUAAGUGCAACACCAGCCUGUGCAAGGCGGAGCCCCCUGUGUGCCCGCUGGGGUUCCAGGUGAAGAGCAAGAUGGUGUCCGGAAGGUGCUGCCCCUUCUACUGGUGUGAGCCUAAGGGCGUGUGUGUUCACGAGAACGCCGAGUACCAGCCCGGUUCUCCAGUUUACUCCUCCAAGUGCCAGGACUGCGUCUGCACCAGCGCCGUGAACAGCAGCACCAUGCUCAGUGUCAUCACCUGCACCCACGUGUCCUGCAAUACCUCCUGUAGCCCCGGCUUUGAACUCAUGGAGGUCCCUGGCGAGUGCUGCAAGAAGUGCGUGCAGACACAUUGCAUCAUCAGCAGGCCGGGCAGUGAGCCCACCGUCCUCAAGCCUGGGGACGUACAGAGCGACCCCACGAACAACUGCACGUUCUUCAGCUGUGUGAAAAUCCACAACCAGCUCAUCUCAUCCGUCUCAAACAUCAGCUGCCCUGACUUCGACCCCAGCACUUGCCUCCCGGGGUCCAUCACAUUCAUGUCGAACGGGUGCUGCAGAACAUGCACCCCUCGCAACCAGACUAGAGUUCCCUGCUCCACCAUCCCCGUCAUCAGGGAAAUUUCUCAUGCUGGCUGCACCAAGAACGUCACCAUGAAUUAUUGCUCAGGGUCCUGCGGGACUUUUGCCAUGUACUCUGCCGAGGCCCAGUCUCUGGACCACAGAUGCUCCUGCUGCAAAGAGGAGACAACCAGCCAGCGCGAGGUGUUCCUGAGCUGCCCCCACGGUGGCUUGCUGAACUACACCUACACCCACAUCGAGAGCUGCCUGUGCCAGGACACUGUCUGCGAGCCCCAGUGGACCAACGAAGACACCUCCGUCCGUGCCCGGCGCUCCAGCCCCCGGCGUCUGGGGAGGGAGUGAGCGGGGUCGGCCCCACACUGCCCCCGCUUCCCCAUCCUCCCGCUGACUCUUUGAGCUUCCUCACCUCCUAAGCUUGCUUUCCUCGCUGCAGAUAUUUAUUUUCUGAGUCUGUUCAAUCCUUUGCUUUCCAGUAAUAAACUCAGGCAGAGACAC